AUGGUCGCCGACCAAUUCUCCGAGGAGCAACUUGCGGAGUUCAAGGAAGCCUUCUCCCUUUUCGACAAAGACGGAGAUGGCAAGAUCGCGACCAAAGAAUUGGGAACCGUCAUGAGGUCACUGGGACAGUAUCCAACAGAAGCUGAACUUAAAGACAUGAUCAACGAACUCGAUGUGCAUGGUAAUGGUAUGAUAGACUUCCCAGAAUUCCUCAUCAAGAUAGCAAAGAAGAUGAAAGAGUCGGAUAAGCCAAGCGAGGAGGAAAUCCGAGAAGCCUUUCGUGUGUUGGACAAAGAUGGCAAUGGUUUCAUCUCUACGGCUGAAUUGAGGCACAUCUUGACCAACGUGGGCGAGAAGCUCACCAAUGAAGAAAUCGAUGAGAUGAUGAGAGAAGCUGGCUUCGAUGGAGAUGGUCAUAUCAAAUAUUCGGAAUUUGUUACCAUGAUGAUGAGCAAAUAAUGAGAGUGCUGUGAAUGGAAGUGAAAAAGAAUUAUUGUGAGAAUUCAUGUAAAAGGUGAGGCGCUCGAAUAUUCCACGCUGCCUGAAUGAGUAGUGAAUGCAGACAUGAAGAGUCAUCUCGUGAAGCUUUUGCCUCUCCUGCAGAAACAGGAACUUACGUGGACCACAUUCUCCUUUAGAAGUAUUGGCAGCGUCUCCAUCCCUCCGAUUCAAGAGUCAACAUUACCAACGAUAUCGAAUGAGCAGCAUGAGAUAGAACUCUAAUUCUCUGCUUCAGCGGGAUUUUAUUUAUUAAUUGAUUUAUUUUUGCUUAAUAAGAAAUAUGCCUCCCCAUUCCUCAUUGCGUCCUCUUGUCUUAUCGUCUUCCGGGUGAGGCUUGUGAUACUUGUCUUUCUUGUUCCUCAAAGAUCUAAUAUAAAUUUUAUUCUAUCCAUUAGUGAAUUGUAGGCCGAGUAGAUGAAGCAAAAUUUAUAUUGUUGGGAUUUCUCAAGUGCCGCGAUGAGAGUGAAAUUAGUCACGAAUCAUUUGUGAAAGAUUGUACAGACAUUCAGGGGCUGGGAUA